AAAUCCGCCAUUAUUGCAAAGUUGAGGUAAAAGUGCGACUGUGUUUUUUGCGUGUUAUAUUCCUUAAAAAAAUAUAGAUUUUUUAUACUUUGAAAAUUGCUCUCCGCGAAGUUUUUGCGCAUUAAAUUUGAAUAAAUAUGUCUCGCAGUGAAAGUCGAAUUUAUGUUGGCAAUUUGCCACCAGAUAUUCGUACAAAGGAUAUCCAAGAUCUAUUUCACAAGUUUGGUAAAGUGUCAUUUGUCGACUUGAAAAAUAGGCGUGGUCCUCCAUUUGCCUUUGUUGAAUUUGAGGACGCCAGAGAUGCAGAGGAUGCAGUAAAGGCUCGCGAUGGAUACGACUAUGAUGGUUAUAGAUUGCGCGUAGAAUUUCCACGCGGCGGUGGACCAGGUAGUUUUCGCGGCAAUCGCAACGACCGUAGUCGCAACGAUGGUGGCCGGGGUGGUGGUGGCGGUGGUGGCCGCGGUCCUCCAACCAAACGUUCACAAUACCGUGUUUUGAUUACCGGUCUACCAUCGUCUGGUUCAUGGCAAGAUUUGAAAGACCACAUGCGUGAGGCAGGAGAUGUUUGCUUUGCAGAUUCAUAUAAGGAUGGCACUGGUGUGGUUGAAUUUUUGCGACACGAAGACAUGAGAUAUGCCAUUAAAAAAUUGGACGACUCUCGUUUUAGAUCGCAUGAGGGAGAAGUCUCCUACAUACGUGUUCGUGAAGAUACUGGAGACGGUGCUCGCGGCGGUCGUGAUUUUCGUGAUAGGUCUCGCUCUUACUCGCCACGUCCACGACGCCGUGGUACUCCAACUUAUUCACCUCUACGACGCUCAUAUUCCAGGUCAAGAUCUCGUUCACGCUCAAAUUUUUAAUUUAAAAACAUUGCAAAUCCUUUGAAAUUAUACAAACAACACAAUUUAUAACAUACUGUAAUGAAGAGUAUGAUCGGUAACCCUAUCACCAUAUUAUAGUCAUAUAUGUAAUUCAUACGUAGACAUAGUACAUACAUAGUUUUCAACGCGGUCCUUUCAGCUCGAUUUUCAUAAAAAGCAAAUUCUUGAGCGAGCAGAGCUCAUUACUAAUUUUCAAUAAAUUAUAAUUAGUUCCACCGCUGCUCUUAGAAAACAGAAAAAAAAAUUAUGUACUCACCACUAUAAAAAUAAAAAGUUUAUAUAAGUUAUAGUUAUAAGUUAGCUUCAUACACAAAGAUACUAAUAAUAACUAAACUUCAAUGCUUUGGUUAUAAUUAUCUAAACAAAUAAAAUAUGGCAUUUGAAUUAUA